AUGGCGGUCUCUGCUCUUAUAACAUAUUCAGUCACACUCUCGCUGCUCGACUUUUGGAGUGAAGUCAGUUCGAUCGAUCUAUAUGCUCAUAGUGACCUAAAGAAAGGUCUGCAGCUCUUCGGCACUGAAGGCAACAUCGGUUUCACCAAUGCAUGGAGUAUCGUACAAACUGAUUUUCGCUGCUGUGGUGUGACCAGUCACACUGACUGGUUUCAUGUGUAUAAUGCAACGCGUGUGCCGGACUCGUGUUGUCUGGAGUUCAGUGAUAACUGCGGUCUGGAGAAUCCUGGCACCUGGUGGACAGCUCCGUGUUAUGAGCGUGUGAAGGGCUGGCUUCAGGAGAAUCUCAUCGCUCUGUGGAUUUUUGCACUGUGCACAGCGCUAACACAGAUGCUGGGGCUUGUGUUCUCUAUGACGAUGUUUUGUCACGCAGUGAAAGUGGACACAUUCUAUGCAUAGAGACCAGCAGCACCUAACAGGACCAAAUCAACACACAACCAUUUCUGCCCAGCACACUCAUCUGUAUUUAUCUCUGUGGCCAUCAAGUGUAAAGUUCACAAUGCUACUGACAACAUGAUUUUAUAAUUCAAUACAAUUUUGAAUAAUGGACCAUUUUCUUUCUUGUCCAUUUUAGAAAAAAAGAAAAGACAAAGAAAUCACGGAGCAGCACUAAACAGGGAGACCAAUAACUAAUGUCAUUGUUUUAUACUUGUAUAAUUCCAUAUUAAUAAGUAUGCUAUGUAAUACAGAUAUUUAUAUUUAUUCAGAGUGAGUUCCCAACAUAUUUAAAAGGCAAGAUAUGAAAAUAUGGCCUCAAGUCUAUGAAGCAAAAACAGUAAAGACCUCAAGUCUAUGAAGCAAAAACAGUAAAGACUUUUUUGAAGGAACAAUCAAGUAUCGAUACUGAUGUAGGAACAAGCACAACUCUGUAGGCUGUUCAUCAGUCAUUUCUAAUUCAGAAUGUAAAAAAGUAAAAUGAGCACAAUUUAAAUGAAUGCUAAUUUACAGUGGCUGCAAAAAUUGUUUGGACAUUUGUGGCAACAAAUGGAAUUGUAUUUUCUUUUUUAAAAACUGGUUUUGCAAACACUCCCCCAUUUGCCAUUGGUUGGCAAACAGAUAGCCCAUCAACCAAUGCCAUUGUUUGAGCUAGAAGACGACAUGUCGGGCUGCUCAAACAAACAGAGCAAUGUUUUGAAAGCACCACACACACUCUUAAAGUAGUCAAUAUAUAAUGAAAAUAAUAUAAUGACAUUCAAGUCACUUCAAAGCAAGUGUCAUCUGCAAACA